CUACAACGCACAUCAUUGCGAUGGGGUCGAAAGCCGAGAUUGGUUUCGUAGGCAAGUCUACAUAUCCAUAGGUGUACGUAUAUAUAUUAUCUUUAUUCUCCCAUUGCUAGAGCUCUCUCUUGUCAUUCACGCGUACAUCCAAAAUUGCACACGGUCCGAAGUCGAACAUCAGUUCUCCUACCCCUUUCCCGGACCUCAACUCUACCCAUCCAAGCGCCGCGCAGUCUCAAGAUGACUCUCGACUAUCGCAAUGGCGUUUCGAUCGCUGAAAUCAUUGUUUACGUUCCCUCUCUGGCAAUUGCUGUGUUUCUCGCUGUUCGCCAUGGAUUUAACAGAAGCGCCGGCUGGUUAUUUCUCGUCAUCUUCAGUCUGGCACGUAUUAUCGGGCCUUGCAUGCAGCUUGCUACUAUCAGCCAACCCCGGAAUAUCUCCCUUUACGUUGGUUCGGCCAUCCUCCAAAACGUUGGUCUCUCCCCUCUCCAACUUGCGACUGUUGGUCUCCUUAGUCGACUCCUUGACGGCAUCAAUAACUCGCACCGCACUCCCGUCAACUCACGGAUUUUCAAGCUCAUUGAUAUGGUGAUCCUGACGGCCCUAAUCCUUAGCAUUAUUGGUGGAGUCCAUGCGAGUGACCACCUCUCCCAGACUGGAGUCUAUCAACCAGGCCCGUUAAACAAGGCUGGCACAGCGCUCUACAUUGUAUCUUUCACCGCAAUCCUCAUCGCUACAAUCUUCGUCUCAGUUUCUAUCUCGCAUGCCGAAAAUGGCGAGAAGAGAAUCUUAUUGGCUGUCGCUAUCUCUCUGCCAUUUCUUUUCGUGCGACUCAUCUACUCUAUCUUGAGCACCUUUACCAGAAAUAAGGAUUUCAAUGUCCUCACCGGGAACGUCACUGCCUUGUUGUGUCUCGCCUUGCUCGAGGAGUUUGCUAUUGUGGUCAUCUACGAGGCUAUCGGCCUUACUCUGCCCAAGCUCCAGAAGAACAAAAUCUACCAAGGCACCCUACAGGUUGACAGCGCGGAUGCCGUUCCAUAUACCGCGCCAUAUGAUUCUCAAUAUCAGCGUCAACAACAACCGUCAAAAUCUGCGGCCGUCGGACAGACUGCACUGAAGAUCGCCAAGAAGACGAUCAUUGGCAGGAUUGUGAUGGCGAUUAUCCGAAGCAAUAGAAAUAGGGAUGUGGAGUUGCAACAGCAGCAAUAUGGCCGGUAAUGAGGGAAGGACAUAACCAUGUAUAUAUGUGGCACGAGUAUAUGGCGUAUGAGGUUAAUGUUAGCAUGGGAGCGUUUCCUAUACCCAGAGUCUUUGUUUUCCUUUGUUUUCCUGCCUCCAGGCAGAACAAUUAGACAAAAAAUGAUCUAAGCACCGAUGCUUUUCUAGUACGGAUGAAAGUAAAGGGCCUCCUGAAUGUAUUCCUCCGGAGAUCUAAAAGGUUAAAAGGAAGGGGGAAAAAGACAAUAUUAUAGACCUUAAAGCAACAGUCAAG